AUGAUCGAUGUAGAAGGGUGGACCUUGACUUUGGAGAGGGAAGCUGUUUUGAAGACAUUCGGAGACCAAUCUUGGUUCAAAACAAUCCUUGGAGUUCCUGGCGACUUCGUCACCCCGCCCCAAACACGCAGCCCCGAGGAGUCCUGUGCUCACGUCCUCGAAGGCCGACACCGCGGGCUGGUGCAGGUGGUGCAGGCGGAGUUCCAGCGCUCCAAAGCGGCCAGCGGCUCGGAUGAUGGCAUCUAUUGUAUUUGGGAUCUCUCAAGGAUGGUUUGUACAUAUUUGGUGGAGGGCUCCUCUCAGAUGUCAGUCUGGUCCAUGGAUAGCUCCUUCGACCUCUCCUUUGCAGCGCUGAGUGGCUCCUUCGAUGGCCAAUUGCACCUUUGGGACGUCCGGGAGGACGUUCCAACCAAGAGCCGCCGAGGACUCUCAGUGUGCGCGUUGGCCGCAGACUUCCGCGCGCGCCGCGCUGUCAGCGGCACUUACGACGGCCACCUGGACGGCUUAGGGAUGGGAGGCUCAGAACCUGUCAGCCGGAGGCCACAAAUCCAAGUAAUCAGUGAUCUCUCAGGUCAGCAGCAGGAAUCCAUCAUGCAGCGGCUGGGUAAGGUGGGCAAUAUCUACUGCUUGGGCCGGAAACUUGGGAGCGGCUCCUUCGGGGAAAUCUACUAUGCCGUGGAUUCACAGACUGGAAAGGAAUUGGCUGUGAAAUUGGAACGCGUCGAUAGCAAGCACCCCAUGCUUCUGUAUGAGGCCAAGCUGUUGAAGCAUUUGGAGGGUGCACCGGGCUUCGCAUCCGUCUAUUUUUCAGAUUCACAAGGUGAUUUUAACAUCAUGGUGAUGGAUCUCCUUGGCCCCUCCUUGGAGGAUUUGUUCAACAUCUGCCGGCGGAGGUUUAGCCUGAAGACGCUAUUGAUGUUGGCAGAUCAGAUGCUCUACAGGAUCGAGUAUUUGCACUCGAAAGACUUCAUUCACCGCGACAUCAAGCCCGAUAACUUCCUCAUCGGCGGCAGCAAGAAGUCCCACAUCUUGUACCUGAUUGACUUUGGCCUGGCCAAGAAGUAUAGGGAUUCGAAGUGCAAUCACAUUCCGUACAAGGACAACAAGAGCAUGACAGGCACUGCCCGAUAUGCGUCAGUCAAUGCCCACCGCGGUAUUGAGCAGAGCCGUCGGGAUGAUAUUGAAGCCAUUGGUUACGUGCUCAUUUACUUCAGCCGUGGGCAGCUGCCCUGGCAGGGCUUCCAGGCAGCCACCAAGGAGGAGAAGUAUCAUAAGAUCAUGGAGUGCAAGCAGUCCACCUCUGUGGAGACCUUAUGCAAAGGUUGCCCAUCCAUCUUCAUCCCGUACAUGAACUACGCCAAAGCCUUGAGGUUCGAAGAUCGGCCUGACUACGCCUACUUGCGGCGGCUCUUCAAGGAGCUCUUUUCCAAAGAAGGCUACGAGAACGAUGGCAUCUUUGACUGGUCGCAGCCCACGAUGACCGAGUCCGUGUCCACGGAGCAUUUCCAGAAACAGGUCAUUGAAGCAAAAGAAGAUCACCAUCGAGUGAGGGAAGUCGGUAGUAAGCGUGAGCACCGGCAUUCGGACGAUCAGGAGAUGGGAUCCCCCGUGCGGUGGCAAGGAAGUGCCAAAGAGACGCGCUCCAGGCACGCAGACUCCAUGCGCAGCACGGCCGCGGCGGCGGCCACGGAUCAGCGAUUCCGAAGCGAGAAGAUCUCAGAGGUCGCCUCUCGCAAGAGCAACGGCCAGGGCGGAUCGGGUGCGCGGCCACGAAGUGGUUUUUUCACCUCCCUCUUCGGUUGCUUCAGCGCGAAGUCUGCGGAGCAGUAG